AUGGCUCAGCUGACCAGUGGUCUCUGUCCCACUUUUGGCUUCCUCUGCUGCCUCCUCUUCCUUCCAGCUUCUUGGGAGGCAGGUGCUAAGGCGUUCCCGGAGCUUCAGAAGACUGGCGAACCUCCAGCAGCUGAGCCUUCACCUCCCCCUCCCCCGGGCCUUCCUCACAGAGCUCCUUCUGAGCACGCAGACCCGAACUCAGGACGACGGCUUCCGGACCUCCCGAAGCCUGCGGCAACCCAGAAGCCCAGAAAGCCGUGCAACGUCAGCCGCCUCGCCAAACCCGUCCACAGACCCGUGGACGACUCCAAAGCCACAGACUCCCCGGGCGCCACCGAUGAUCAUGAAAAGCCUCCCGCCUUGGAAAAGAAGGUCAGCAGCCCGAAAGAAGACCCGAUGGUCCGGAACGGACGCUCAGCUGACGACCCCAAGUCCACCCUCACGGAGAAAGGGUCAGGGGGAAAACGCCCGACCUCGGCGCCCCGGAGAACCACGGUGUGCAAAUCCACCACAAGCAAAAGCAGGGUCACAAGGAACUCGGGGACGCCAGUGGGCCCUGUGGAGGCCAGCAGCCCGGUGAGCACCGCCUCGCACAAGCCCACGACUCGUCCCCACGACUCAGAGCUCAGGAAAAGCCCUCCCUCCUCGGUAAAGUCCACAGAAGCGACCCCAGGAACCCCGGGAGCUGACGACCACAGGGCUCCAUCGGCCUCAGACAAGCCUGUCCACACCACCACAGAACACGCCAAACGCAGCACGUCGGCCAGCAAGACGACCAAUCCCCCGGUGACGUCAGCAGAGCAUAAGGUAGAUAACACGUCCACCAAGGAGGAGGCCACAAGAUCCCUAACACCCACCAAGUAUGAAAGAGAGACCGUAACGGCCACGCAGGCUCUGGUGACGCUUACCGACCGCGAAAGACAGAGCGAGGCCGCCAAUGGGACCGCAAGAGCCCCAACGACACCGGCACAGCACAAGGGAGAAACCACAUCAGCUACUGAGGGCACCACGCAUGCCCAAGUGAUGCCUAUAGAACAUAGUACCACACCGGCCAGCGAAAACACAACACACGCCUCAGCGGAGCCUACAGACCACUCAGAAGAGGCCUCACCCACCACCCAGAAAGCCCCCAAAGUCUCAGAGAGUCCCACGGGUUCCCUGGAGAAAACCACACCAGCCGCCAAGACCGUAAAAGCCACGGGAAGCCCAGCCCAGGCCACGGCAGGCAAGGCCACGGCAGACAAGGCCACGGCUCCCCCUCCUCAUUUCGAGACCACGCACCCAGGAGUCCUUGGUAUUGUGACAACUAGGACGGACGUGGGCUUCCCCACCCCCUCGGGACCCCCCCGACCCCGGCAGAGCACCCACAGCUCCCCCGCGGGCCCCCACGCUGCUGGGGCGAGGCGGGGGGCCGAUUCCUUCCCCGCGUGGGCCAUAGUUAUCGUGAUCCUCCUGGCCGUGAUCGUCCUUCUGGUCUCCCUGGGCCUGAUCUUCUUGGUCUCCUGCGCCUCGCGCGCACGCCACGUGCUGAGCCGGAACUCCGAGGACUCCGACCCCGAGGACAUUGGGGGCCACAACUCCUACCCCGUCUACCUGAUGGAGCAGCAGAACUUGAAACCAAACCAGAUCCCGACCCCUCCAUGCCCUUGAGACUGCACCCCAGCUC